AGCUUUUUCGAUUGCAUAUUUUUUUAAAAAGGCGUAGAAGCUGCACAAUUGUUUUGCUUCAACGCUUGUUCAUCUUUUUGUUUGUUCUUUUUUAAUUUCAUUACCCUUUUUCGAUUUUUGCACUUUUUCCUUACUGGACAAUUGGGCUUCCGUUUUCCUGUAUUUCAUACUCUGAUUCGAUAUGAAAUUCGGUAGCCAAUUGCAGCAGGAGAUCUUCACUCCAUGGAGACUCUCGUAUGUGCAAUACGAUGUUUUGAAAAACGAACUAAAGACAAGACAACUCGACCACGAAUGGUGCGAUCAAGAUGAGCGCGAUUUCAUUCAAUUGCUCGAAAACGAACUGAAUAAGGUCUAUGAAUUCAUUACGGCCAAACUCGGGGAAGUCGAAGCUCGUAUCAGCUACUGUGAACGUACUCUUCAGACCUUUAUGAACAAUCCCUCCUGGUGCUCGGAACAGAACUGGAAUAUCAUGGACGAUGCUCUUACCGAGGUGCUCUUUGAUGUCAACGAUCUGGCCAAAUUUACCCGUCUCAAUUACAUCGGUUUUCAGAAAAUUCUCAAGAAACAUGACAAGUGGACUGGACUGAAUUUGCAGCAUGGUUUCAUUCCUCAAUUGCGUGCUAAACCUUUGGAUAAGCAACGUUUCGAUGUGGCCAUCGUCUUUAUCUCGGCCCUUCACGAUAUCUGCCGUCUCCGUGGUAAGCCCCGUACUGGUAAUGCCGCCGCCGGUGGUGAUCAGAACGCUUUCGAACGUGCCACCUCCAAGUACUGGAUUCAUCCCGACAAUGUGACGGAAGUCAAGUCCAUUAUCAUGCUCCACCUGCCUGUUCUCAUUUUCAACAAGGACAAGCGCUACGAACCUUCGGAUUCCGCCAUUUCCAGUGUGUAUUUCGAUAAUGAAGAUUUUGAUCUGUAUACCGGUCGUUUGCAGCGUGAUGAAGGUGCCGAAGCGAUUCGUUUCCGUUGGUACGGUCCCAUGUCUUCCAACAACAUUUUCAUCGAACGCAAGACUCAUCACGCCGCGUGGCUCAAUGGUGCUUCCGUCAAGGAUCGGUUCCGUCUUGAUUUCGACGAUGUGCAAAAGUUUAUCACAGGUGAAUUGACCGCCGAUCAGUAUGCCGACCGUUUGCGUGCCAAGAACACCGACGAGGAAAUCAUCAAGGACAAUCAUUUUAUCGCCCAAGGCAUUCAAAAGUCGUUCCAAGAAAAGGGUCUUAAGCCGGUGUGCCGUAUCUUUUACAACCGUACCGCUUUCCAGUUGCCCGGUGAUCAGCGUGUGCGUGUCAGUCUCGAUACCGAUUUAACAUUUAUCCGUGAAGACCAUUUGGAUGGCAAGCAACGUCGCGGUGACAACGAAUGGCGUCGUCCCGAUGUUGGUAUCGAUCAUCCUUUCAGUUACCUGGACGACUCGGAAGUUCUCCGUUUCCCUUACGCUGUCUUGGAAACCAAAUUGCAAACCCAUCUUGGUCAACAGCCUCCAGAAUGGUUACUGAAGCUUCUUGAUUCCCAUCUGGUCCAUGAAGUCCCUCGGUUCUCCAAGUAUCUGCAUGGUGCUUCUUACCUCUACCGCGAUCGCAUUCCUCUGUUGCCUUGGUGGUUGUCCGAGAUGGAUAUCGAUAUCCGCAAGCCCCGUGCCACUAACUUUGGUUUAACCCGCUCCAAGUCUUUCAAACCGUUGAUUGAUGGUCAGUAUCGUCGUGCUAUGGAAGCCGAAGAACGUCGUAUUGGUGUGGUGGCCGAUGCUGUAGGUACUGCAGCUGCAGCCGCGGCGGUUUCCAACCUUAGCCUUUCCGACACCAAAGAAGGUCAAGAAGGUCAGGAUGCCAAAGAGCCCGAAGCGCAACCUGGAAAUGCGGCGCCCUCUUCUCUGCAAGAAACGUUAACCAAGUCGUCGACCCUCACGGUGCCUGGCAACGAAAAGACAGCGACUCCCGCACAAAGUCUUUACGCUCAAGGUCCGGAUGCCAACAACAGCAAGGUCUCUCAAAGCGCCUCGUUCUGGGACAACACCCCGCAUCGCAAUCGAUCGACGUUGGUACGUGGUGGUGAUGCGCCUCGCAACUAUGGAACGCCUCCUGCUUCGGCUGGCGCGGCUGGUGCCGUUGGUGAGAAAGGUGGACAACAACAACUGGGGCAACCGGUGGAUAUGUCACAAGGCGAUAUUCGAUUGGACGUGGGUGACGCUAUUGUGACGGCAGAAUUGGACGAGAAGAAGCCCAAGAAGGGUUUUUUCGGUGGAGGGGAGGGAAUGUACGUGCAAAAUCCAAAUAAUCCCGAGGGUGUGAUUCCUUUGAAGAAGAUCAAAGUCGAACCAAAGGUUUUUUUUGCAAACGAACGUACAUUCAUUAGUUGGCUCCAAUUCUGUGCUUUGCUUUUAACGGUCGCUCUCUCCCUACUCAACUUUGGCGACUCUGUUUCUCGUAUUGCUGGUGGUAUAUUUAUUGGAAUCUCGGCGCUGGUGGCGAUUUACGCUCUCUAUCGUUUUGAGAAACGUGCUUGGAUGAUCAAUCGUCGUGUGGUUGGACGUUAUGACGAUCUGUGGGGUCCGGCUGUUCUCUGUACACUUUUGGUGGGCGCACUUAUUGUCAACUUUUACCUAAGAUUCCGUUAAAGCAUAUCACUCGUAUAUAUUUUCAUAAUCCCUGUUUAUUUAAUCUUUUUUUUUAUAUUUUUCUCCUCAUUUAUUGUAUUUUUAUUUCCCAUCAUGGUUGCGUAUACUUCAAAUAGAUCAACUUUUGUCAAAUAUUUUU